AUGCCGGCGCUCAGCGCGUUGCCUUUCCUGAAGCCCGUUCACCUGAGGUCGCCCCGCAGGUCGCCCGGGGGCCAGCGCCGGCACACGCUGCCAGCCAGCGAGUUCCGCUGCCUCAGCCCCGAGGACGCCGUGAGCGUGUUCGAGAUCGAGCGGGAAGCCUUUAUAUCCGUCUCUGGGGACUGUCCCCUCCACCUGGACGAGAUCCGCCACUUUCUGAACCUGUGCCCGGAGCUGUCCCUCGGCUGGUUUGAGGAGGGGCGGCUCGUGGCAUUCAUCAUUGGCUCCCUCUGGGAUCAGGAGAGGCUCAGCCAGGCAGCGCUGACCCUGCACAAGGCGCAGGGCACGGCCGUGCACAUCCACGUGCUGGCCGUGCACCGCACCUUCCGGCAGCAGGGCAAGGGCUCCAUCCUGAUGUGGCGGUACCUGCAGUACCUGCGCUGCCUGCCCUUCGCCCGCCGGGCCCUGCUCAUGUGCGAGGAUUUCCUCGUGCCCUUCUACCAGAAGUGCGGGUUCGAGGCGCUGGGUCCCUGCGAGGUGACGGUGGGGGACCUGGCCUUCAUCGAGAUGCAGCACUCGGUGCGGGGACACGCCUUCGUGCGCAGGAACAGCGGCUGCUGA